CCCCCCGCCACGAAAAAGUUCAACGAUCCAACUUCCCGGAGUGGCCUGGGCGGCGCCGCCUCUAGUAGCCAAUACGGCUUCAGUUUUGGACCGGACCGUGGGGUUAGAUCUAUCAUUGUACAGAGAAACAGCCCAGUUAGAUCUCGGUUUUGGUAACGGCCGUGGGCCGAGUCGGGCCCAAGAGCCUCCGGCGUGAUAACCAUUAUAAGCAGGACGGUCAAGUCUGAUAAUCCUAGCUAGGUUCUAAUCAACUUCAGCUGUUAUAUUUCCUCACUUGAAAGAUAAAAAGAAGAAAUAAGUCAUUUAAGGCUCAAUAUGGAGCUCAUUACGGCUAUUCUUUCCAGACAAGCAGCAAUUGAUGCUUUGCUACGAUAUACGGAUGGUCUCGACCGUGCCGACGCCGCCCAGCUCGAAUCAGCUUUUACCGAAAAUGCUAUUAUCGACCUCACUGCCUUUUCAGCUCUUGGCAUGAGUUACGAGCCUAUCUACGGCCGCGAUUCUAUUAUUGCCGCAUGCAUGAGUGCAGUCGGCGAGGCUCUUGAAACAACCCAUUCGUUGACCAACAUUCUAGUCAAGCUGAACGACCAAAACGAUAGCGCCAUUAUCACUUGCUAUUCCGAAUCUCAGCAUAUCAAAAAAGGUCAAGUCUUUGCCUCUAACUCUCAAGACAAUUCCCUCAUAGUAAAAUGCCGGUACAAUGCAUCGGUUUCACAGCAGGGACCUGAGUGGAAGAUUGAGCGCUUGGAAGUUGUACCACUAUGGAGCCAGGGUAGCAUGAGUGUUUUUGGGCAAUGAGUGAGGUAAAAUUGCUUGUAGUUGCUAUAAGCGACUGAGUGAUAAAGUGAACUAAUUAAAUAUAUCUCGUUUGGCAUCCAG